AUGUCCUUCUACUUCUCGGACACGGCGGUGCUGCUCUUUGACUUCUGGAGCCGGCGGGGUGUUUCUCGUGCAGGCAUGGCUCUCUCCGUGCUGCUGAUCCUGCUGCUGGCGAUGCUCUACGAAGCCGUCAAGAUGGGCAAGGCCGUGCUGCUGCGGCGGGCGCUGCGGGCUCUGCCCCACAGCCUCAGCCGGGAGUCGCUGGUGGAGUCGGAGGAGGGGGGCACCGGCCCUGCCCAGGGCAGGUGGUUUUGGUACCACGUCGGCCAGACGCUGUUCCACGUGGUGCAGGUGGUGCUGGGCUACAUGGUGAUGCUGGCCGUCAUGUCCUACAACGCCUGGGUCUUCCUCGGGGCCAUCGUGGGCUCCACGCUGGGCUAUUUCGUGGUGUACCCCCUGCUCGGCCGGGGCUAG